UCCCUGCUGGUUGAAAUGAUCGGGAGGGUCGCCCUCGUCAACUACGACGAAGACUAUGGCAAACUCGUUGUUCUCGUCGAUGUCAUCGACCAGAACCGAGCUCUCGUGGAUGCCCCUGAUAUGGAAAGAUCCCAAAUGAAUUUCAAGAGGCUCUCUCUCAUUGACCUUAAAAUUGACAUUAAGAGGGUUCCUAAGAAGAAGGAAUUGCUUGAUGCUAUGGAGAAAGCUGAUGUUAAGAAGAAGUGGACUGACUUUGAUAGGUUCAAACUUAUGUUGGCAAAGAUUAAGAGGGCUGGACUGGUAAGGCAAGAGCUCGCAAAACUGAAAAAGGAGAAUGCUUCCUAAGCAUAGUUUUUAUAUCUAUUUCCCAAUUUUGUUUUGAAUUUUCUGCUGUUGUAUGUUUGGAUGGUGAGAUUGUUUCAAUGAAAUCAGAGUUUUAGAGCA